AUGUUCAACGACGACUUCGGUAACGAGUUAUUCAGCGACGGCGCCGACGACGCAUAUGACACCACUUAUCAAGAGCAGCCCGUCUAUGAGAAAGAGGUCUACUACCCAGAGAACCUACGCGGUGCUGAUAAACAGCAGGUUAGCCCAGAGACGGCAUCACAACUUAUACGGCGAACUAUCGCACAGGAAGCCCAGCAUGUCGGAUUUGAAAGGGCGACAGAAGAUGCGAUGAUAGAAAUAGAGAGACACGCCGUUUUCUGUAUAGAAAGUUUGGCAAAAAUGACAAUGGAGUAUGCCCAGAAUGCCUACAGAACGGAAGCGACACUUCACGAGGUCUGUGAAGCGUUUAACGACGUUGGUAUGACACCUAGCGAGUUGAAUCCCGUCGUAGAGCGUAACAAGCGAUUUGCAAACGUCGGUACUCUCCAACCAACCCAAAUCCAUUACAAAAAGCAAUUUGUUGAUCCUACACACGAUUUCCUACCAAGUGACGACGAACAGGGACCAGAAGCUGAAAUACAAGCCGAAGCAGCGUUCAGAAUGAGCGAAUUGGCGACACUUGGUAUUCUUCCUAUGCUACCACCACGCCAUUCUUACCACCGCACGGCUGUAUAUCCAACUCCUCAUAGAACUCAAACACCACUCGCGCAUUUAGACAGAAAACAGAACACUUCUAGACUCGUAGAAAGAGCCUUGAAGUCCCUCAUAGAGAGAACGCAAGUUGCAACAGAAUCCUCUCUUAUGGCGAAGAAUCAAGAGGCUUUGGCGGCUAGUUUGAAUGACGACGAGGGCAUUCUCCCUACAAAAGAAAAGAAGAAGGACGAUAAAGGUAAAGAUAGUGAACAUGGUGGUGUUCCACCAGAACAGUCUCAGCAACCAGGACAGCCAGUUGCAGAAACCAGCAAAGAGAUACCUACUCAUCCAGGAGGAGAAGCCAUGGAAGGUGUGGAGCAACCAAAUGCAUCAGGCGGAAGACCAGAUUCAGGUGCUAUUCAGCAAUUCAACCAAGAUCAGAUCGAUCAACCGCAACGCCCUGAUCCUGUAUCUGAAGAGAAAGGAAGCCAAGCAGCACCAAGUAUCCCAUCUGAACAACCAGGAGAAAGUGCGCAGGCUACAGUUGCACCAGUUGAGCAAACACCUGUACAGCCUGUAUCACAACCGGAAGAUACCAACAAAUCAGAGCAACCUGAGCAACCCGCACAAACAAACGAAACAGGCCAACCAACCGAGGCUAUGCAGAUUGGUGAACAAACUCAACAAACUGGUCAACAAACUGAAAACACUCAACCUAAACCCCAACCUACUCAACAAGAGAAACAAUCAGUUAUACAAUCAAAUGGUAUCCAUCGUGCUAAGCCACAAGAUACACGUUCAGGAAAGCCACCUUGGUUGCAGAAUAUUCAAAUUGACGCGAACAUUUUGAAGGAACUACCACUCGAAUUUGGUAUUGUAAACUUCGGUGGAGCAGGUGAAACGCUCAAUACAUCAUCGAGCAUGGAUAUGCACUCAAGCACAGGUCAACCAGGUAACAGGUUAGUUCCUACAGAUGAUGACGCAUCCGGCUAUGAAUCUCGCGUGAAGCGUAGACGGUGGAAAGUGUAA